AUGCGCUGGAUCUUGAGUCGAUCCUUCUCUUCAAUAUCCAAACCGUUUCGUCGAAUCGAAUCCCCGAAACAACUUGCUCGCAGGAUGGCUUCUCUUCCCACCACCUAUGACGGGUCCGUCCCAAUUGCUGUUAUUGGAGGCACCGGUCUGCGUGAGCUGCCCGGCUUCAGCCAGGUCGCUUCACUGACUAUCGAAACCCCCUGGGGCGCUCCUUCCUCCCCCAUCACUAUCUUGCACCACGAGUGCAAGCACAACGGCAAGACUGUCGCGAUCGCUUUCCUCAGCCGUCACGGCCCCCACCACCAGAUUGCCCCCCAUGAGGUUCCUGCUCGCGCCAACAUCGCAGCCCUCCGCUCCAUCGGUGUUCGCUCUAUCAUCGCUUUCUCUGCCGUCGGAAGUUUGCAGGAGGAGAUCAAGCCCCGCGACUUCGUGAUCCCCGACCAGGUCAUUGACCGCACCAAGGGUGUGCGCCCAUGGACUUUCUUCGAGAGCGGUGUUGUCGCUCAUGUUCCCUUCGGUGACCCCUUCGAUGAGGGUAUUGCCAAGGUGGUGCGCGAGUGUGGACACAGUCUCGAGGGUGAGGGUGUCACCCUCCACGACCGUGGAACCAUCAUCUGUAUGGAGGGUCCCCAAUUCUCCACCCGCGCCGAGAGCAAGAUGUACCGCUCCUGGGGCGGUAGCGUGAUCAACAUGUCCGUUCUUCCCGAGGCCAAGCUCGCCCGCGAGGCCGAGAUCGCAUACCAAAUGAUUUGCAUGUCUACGGACUAUGACUGCUGGCACGAGUCUACCGCCGACGUCUCCGUCGAGAUGGUCAUGGGUCACAUGAAGGCCAACGCCGACAACGCCCGUCGCUUCAUCACUGCCGUGCUCGAUGCUCUGGCUGGUGACGAGCACACUGAGCUUGUCCAGGCCAAGCACCUCGCUGGUGGCAUUAAGUUCGGCGUCACUACUCCCCAGACUAGCUGGUCAGCUGAGGCUAAGCAGAAGCUGGACUGGCUCUUCCCUGGAUACUGGUAG